AGGGAGUUUGGAAGUAGCAUUGGGCAGCACACUUAUAGCCAUGGCACUCCAAGUCCAAGGUCCUUUCCUCUUCUUUCUCCUAGCCUUAGCCUGCUUGUCUGCUUGCACUGAAUGUGCAAAACUGAGUCAUUAUUCAAUGCCAUUCAACCGGAGCAGUUUCCCUACUAGUUUUAUAUUUGGAGCUGGUUCAGCUGCUUACCAGUCUGAAGGAGCAGCACAUACUGAUGGAAGAGGCCCUAGUACAUGGGACAUUUUCACCAAGAAACAUCCAGAAAAAAUUGCGGAUGGUAGCAAUGGAGAUGUGGCUGAUGACUUUUAUCAUCGUUACAAGGAGGACAUAAAGCUGAUGAAAAAAAUUGGAUUGGACUCUUUCAGAUUCUCUAUCUCAUGGUCAAGAAUAUUGCCUAAGGGCAAAUUAAGCGGGGGAGUGAAUGCAAUGGGAGUCAAAUUCUACGACAACCUCAUCAAUGAGCUCCUGUCCAAUGGUAUCAAGCCCUUUGUGACUUUGUUCCAUUAUGAUCCUCCCCAAGCUCUAGAAGAUGAGUAUGGUGGACUUUUAAGUCCUAAAAUAGUGAAUGAUUAUCGAGAUUAUGUGGAUUUUUGCUUCAAAACAUUUGGGGAUCGAGUUAAACAUUGGGUCACAUUGAAUGAACCAAAUAAUUUAGGAGUCAAUGGGUACACCUCUGGUACUUUUGCACCAGGACGAUGUUCUAGCUAUCUUGGAAAUUGUACUGCUGGUAACUCUGCCACUGAAUCCUACAUUGUUGCCCAUCACCUUAUUCUUGCUCAUGGAGCCGCUGUGAAAUUGUACAAGGACAAAUACCAGCCUUACCAAAAGGGGAUAAUUGGGAUUACAAUAGUGAGUCAUUGGUUCAUGCCAAAAUACAAUACUUCUGCUUGUAGCGAGGCUGCCUCUAGAGCUCUUGAUUUCACAUUUGGUUGGUUUGCCCAUCCAAUCACAUAUGGUGAUUAUCCCCAGAGAAUGAAAUCUUUAGUGGGUAAUCGACUACCAAAAUUUACUGAAGUUGAAUCCAAAUUGCUAAAAGGGUCCCUCGAUUUUCUUGGUCUGAAUUACUACACAACAAAUUAUGCGGAAAGUGCUGCAUCCAACAGUGUUAACAUUAGUUAUGUUACAGAUAGACGCCUCACUCUCACGACUGAAAAAAAGGGGACUCCUAUUGGUACACCGACUGCUUUGGAUUGGCUUUACGUCUAUCCUAAAGGAAUUCGAGAGCUUAUGCUAUACAUAAAGAAAAAUUACAACAAUCCAAUGAUAUACAUAACAGAGAAUGGCGUUGCUGAUGAAAAUAAUAGCUCUUUGCUGAUUAAAGAUGUCCUCAAAGAUAGUUUAAGGAUAAGAUACCAUUAUGCACAUUUAUCAUAUCUUUCAAAGGCUAUCAAGGUGGGUGUGAAUGUGAAAGGAUACUAUGCUUGGUCGUUUUUUGACGACUUUGAAUGGGAUGCUGGUUACUCUGUUCGAUUUGGCCUUACUUUUGUGGAUUUUAAAAACAACUUGAAAAGACACCUCAAAUACUCUGCCUACUGGUUCAAGAUGUUCCUCCUAAAAUAAAUUGUAACUCUGAGGAAUUUAAGCCAAUUAGAGAGGAAAUCUUCCUCCAACCUAGCUUUAAGGUUCAUAAGAGAUUCUACCUACUAUAUGAUCUAGUCUUGUGCACAAACAAUUCCAGAUGUGUGGUUGUGUGUACAAGAUUUGUUUAUGUGUACUAAUCCUCAUUUAAAAAAAAAAAAUAAAAGACACAUCUCACUUGUGUCUCGUUUUAUCA